GCGACCAGCAUUGCCAGAUCAAAACAGCCGCGCGAACAUUCAUGGUGAAAUUUGUUUUGUUAAUUGGUUAUUUGGCUCUAUAAAAGUGAAUAGAGUGGCUGUACCAAGUGAUGGAAACCCGUCUGGAGGUGCGCCUGCGAGAGCCAAACCCGCUUUUUACCCGCUGGCUGGAGCGCUGGCUGCGGGAGGCGGAGCGGCGCCAGCAGAAGUCGCAGUUUAGGCUUCGGCAGGCGCUGGAGUCCCUGAGGAGCUACCCAUUGCCGUUGUCCAGCGGAAGGGACUGCUCUAUUCUUCGCGGCUUCGGGGGCACCCUCUGCCAGCUCAUCGACGAAGAGCUGCGCCAGCACAGGGGCCUCCAACUGGCGCCCCAGGAGGACGUGGCCCGGGCGCAGUACGAGCAGCAGGUCCAGGAGGUCGUCCGCCAGGUGCAAGAGCAGCAAACGGUACACCAGAAGCGUCUGGUUAAGCCCAGGAAGCCGACCAAAAAGGAUCUGGCGGAAUUGGCCGCCCAAGAGGAGCGGGUACGCCAGGUGGAAAUGAAACCGGGCGCUUUCCAGUUGCUCCUCCUGGUAGACACCCAGGAGACCAGUGGCAAGAACAAGCGGGUCCUGGACCAAACGAGGAGCUACCUGGAAUCGCUGGGAGCCCGUCAUGAGGUGCGUCGCCUCACUAUAGGCGAUUUUCUUUGGGUGGCCCAGGAUUCAGAAGGCAACGAACUAGUCUUACCGUACAUCAUCGAGCGCAAGCGGAUGGAUGACCUGGCAUCCAGCAUACGGGAUGGUCGCUUCCACGAACAAAAGCACAGACUGCAACAGAGUGGCCUGAGGAACAUCAUCUACCUGGUCGAGGACUACGGGGACAACGAGCAGCUGGGCCUGCCCCUGGACUCCUUGCAGCAGGCUCUGGCCAAUGCCAAAGUUCAAACUGGAGUCCAGGUGGUGCGCACGGAGAAUCACUUCCGAUCCAUGAGCUAUUUGGCCGCCAUGAGUCGUUCUCUCGGCCAGAUCUUCGCCAACAAAAGGCUGUACAGCGUGGAUCGCGGACAAAUCGACAAAUGUUCCUGCCUGCUUAUGGACUCCCAGCUGGGGUUGCUCAAGUUUCGCGCCCUCUAUGAAGACUCCGCCAAGAACGCCCAGCUCACGGUGCGAGAAGUCUUUGUGCAACAGUUGCUACAGCUACAUUCCCUCUCCCUCGAACGAGCCAUGGCUAUUGUGGAGCGGUAUCCCACGCCACGAUGCCUGCUAGAGGCCUACGAGGUGUGGCUAGAUCCAAAACAGGCGAGGCUGCUCCUCUCCAGCAUCCCAUGUGGGCCCCUGGAGCGCCCGCUGGGCGACAAAAUCAGCCAGUGCCUACACGAAUUCUACACCACGCACUUUCGUUAGGAUUAGCAAUUGAUUUAAUGGGACAUAUCUAAAGUUAUAUACACGAGUUUAUACAUUAAGUGAGAGAGAGAAUACGAUUUGGACUAAAGUCCCCGUUGGACAUUGAAUAGUGUGA